AUGUCGCAAAAUUACGGCUCCGAAUAUACCGGCUCCACGCUUAUUGCCCACGGCUUCAAGUUCUACAACUGGCCAGGAGCUGGCGAGCAGGCCGCAGAGCAUUUCGGCCUCUCCCACGCCGUGAUCACUCCCGCAAAUGCUCGCCGCGUAUUGAUCGGAGGUCAACUUGGAAUUCGAGAUGACGGUUCUAUCCCCACAGACCCGGCCGAGGAAGCGGAGAUCGCCUUUGAACAUGUUGAGCGUGCUCUCAAGGCUGCUGGGUUCGGAGCUGAUGCUUGGGAACAUGUCUAUAAGAUUAAUAGCUACGAGGUUGCAGCAGAGGGACUUGGGGAAGGUAUUGGGAAAGCAGCUCGAAAGUACUUGAAGAAGACGCGCCCGGCAUGGACUGGUGUGAAUGUGGCCUCUCUCGUGAUGCCAGGCCUUCAUUUAGAGAUUGAAGUUGAGGCUUAUCUCCCAAACUGA